UACCUGAAUUUACUAAGUAAUAAUUUUAUUAUUAAAUAAAAUGUCUUGGAACAAAAUUAAAUGUAAACAUCGAGAGGUUCAAUUAAUCGGAACCCUUAAUGGAGGACAAAGCUUCAGAUGGACAUAUAAUCAAGAAAACGAUGAAUGGAUCGGGAUUUUCUCGAAAACAGUGUGGAAAUUGCGUCAAAAAGAUGAUUGCUUACAUUACCAAGUCUUAGGUUCCUUGCUGAAUAAACCUACUAAAAAUAAAACAAAAGUUAAUAAUAAAGCAGAAGUAAAUAAAAACGGGUUUUUUACGAGUUUGCUUGAGAAAUAUUUUCGCUUGGAAGUGGAUUUGGGUAAUUAUUACAAGAUGUGGUCAGAAAGUGACGAGUUGUUUAAAACGGCCGGGCAGCAGUUCUACGGCAUCAGGAUGCUGGCGCAGGAGCCUGUGGAGAACCUAUUUUCAUUUAUUUGCAGCCAAAAUAACCACAUAUCAAGGAUAUCAAGCAUGGUAGAAAAGUUAUGCUCUAACUAUGGAGAAGAAAUCUGCACCUAUGAAGGCACCACAUACCAUGCUUUUCCUGAAGUUGAAAAGCUAUGUGAGCCGAAGGUGGAAUCUCAGCUACGGGAGCUUGGGUUUGGCUACAGAGCCAAAUUUAUCCAAAAGUCAGCAGCACAAAUUGUGGAGUGGGGGGGAGAGGAAUGGUUCAAGACCCUCCAGGAGAUGAAGUACAAGGAUGCCAAGGGCGAGCUCAUGAAGCUACAUGGAAUUGGACCUAAGGUGGCCGACUGCAUCUGCCUAAUGUCCCUCCACCACCUCGAAGCCCUGCCAGUGGACACGCACGUGUACCAGAUCGCGACGCACUACCUCCCCCACCUGCGCGGCCGGAAGUCCGUCACCGACAAGAUGUACGCGGAGAUCGGCGAUCACUUCCGGAAGCUGUACGGAGACUUGGCCGGCUGGGCGCAUACCGUACUGUUUUGUGCCGAUCUAAAGAAGUUUCAACAAAAUGGCGACGAUGAGUGUGUUAAACCGAAAAAAAGGAAAAAAUGAUCUGUGAUAAUUAAUAAUAUUAACAAAUAAAAGUGUUGUAAGAUGA